AUGUUAAAAAGUAUAGUGCUGAGGUGUAAAAAUAACAUAAACGAAAAUAUAAAAUGGAAUAUUAAUGAUGUAGAAUAUAAAAAAUUAAAAUUAAAAUGGAGUGACAAAAAUUUGGCAUUAAGCAUUUUUGACGUAAGUCCAUGUAACAAAAAAAAUGAAGAAAAAUUAGAAAUAAAAAAUAUGAGCAUAAUUAAACAUAUUACAAAAACAAAAUAUGAUUUUGUAGUACUAGGAAUUGGAUAUGUUGAUUAUCACAAAAUAUUAAAAUCAUUUAAUAGAGCUAAUAUAGUUCAAAGAAAAAUGAUUGAUUCUAUUCAUUCAAAUUUAAAAAAAGUUAAUGGUCAGUAUAUUUCAAUUAUUCAACAAUGCCUUCUUUUAAAUAUUCCACACUUUUGCUUAGGUAGGGAUAGAUUAACUGAACUUACAAGCAUUGGUACAGCAAUAUUUAGCAAUCCUAAAGAAGUAUUUUCCUUAUUAUAUUAUUUUAUUAUUAAUAGUGAAGAAAAUACAAAAAGUAAAAAUGGAGUAAUCGAAGAUAAAAAAAAUAAAAAUGAUAUUGAAAACAAUUUGCAAAACAUAUCUCCUAAUUUUUAUAAAGCAUUAAUAGUAGAAAAUGCCUUAUAUUUAACUUAUAAUUUCCAUUCCACAUUGUUAAAAAUAAUAAAAUCUAAAUUUUAUAUCCCAUUUGGUAGUGACGUUAGUAACAAUGCUAAUAAAGAUAAAAAUGUUAAAAAAAAAAAUUUAAAACAAAAAAUAUUUUCCUUCUUUAAUGAAACAGCAUAUGAUGAAAUAAAUAAUUUAAGAAAGCAAAUUAAAAAAACAGAAUUAUAUUCUGAUUUUUAUAUACCCCCACAAAAAAAAGAUAUAAAUAUUUUAAUUAUAUGUGAUAGUGUUUGUGUAGAUUAUUUUUACAAUUUAAUUCAAAAAAAUUUCUCUCUUUGGCAUAAUGUUAGUCCUUUUUAUAAUGAAUUAUUUAGUUUAGAAAAAAAAAAUACGUAUAAAUUUACUUUAUCAUUAUUCCUAUUUAUAAUUGCUCCUGUCGCUUGGGCAAUCACUUUAUUGAUUAAAUACUUAUAUUAUUCAUGGAUAGAAUAUUUUACUAAAGGAAAAGUAAUCACCGUUGGGGGUGAUGCAUUCUUUAAAAAUUCUCAAUUAAUUGAUUUAAAUGAGGAUGAUAUGAUUUCCAAAAAUAAUUAUGAUGAUUUUUUGCAAUCUUUAAAUAAUAAUAAAAUUGAAUUUGAAACUGUAAGUCUUCUAGGUGGCUUAUUACAAUGGUUUAAAAAUAAAAGUAGAAAUUGA